CCCUAGAAACACCUGCACCCAAAUAUUUCCCACAACCUCUUUUCCUUCUCCCGGAAGCUUUGCAAGGGAGGGAGGGAAGGAAAGGAAAGGAAAGGGAAACAGUCGAAUUUUCCUUCGCUCUCUUUUUCAUCUAUGCAGUUUAAAUACAGGAUUCAUCCUUUUACAACGAACAUAGGCCAGAACCAGAGGGAAACAUAGAAAGAAGAAGUAGGGAAAAUGCCGAUAGAGAUGCCGAGAGGCUUACCAUUCUCGGUGGACACUUUCAGUUCGUCUUCUAUGAAGAAGAGACACCAUUUCUUGACACAUGCCCACAAGGACCACACCGCUGGCAUCUCCUCUCGUUUAUCUUUCCCAAUUUACUCUACCUAUCUCACUAAAAUCCUUAUUCUUCAACAUUAUACUCAGCUUGACGAUUCUUUGUUUUUGUGUAUUGAAGUUGGGCAAUCAAUGGUUAUCAAUGAUCCAGAUGGAGAUUUCAGGGUUACGGCCUUUGAUGCGAAUCAUUGUCCAGGAGCAGUCAUGUUCCUCUUUGAAGGCAAUUUUGGCAACAUUCUUCACACAGGAGAUUGUAGGCUCACCCCUGAGUGCCUGCGGUGUUUGCCAGAGAAGUAUGUGGGCAGAAAAGGAAAAGAACCCGGGUGUCGACUUGAUUAUAUUUUUCUUGACUGCACUUUUGGGAAAUUUUCUCAAAGACUCCCCAGCAAGCACUCUGCAAUCAGUCAGGUUACCAAUUGUAUAUGGAAGCAUCCUGAUGCACCUGUGGUCUACCUCGCUUGCGAUCUUCUAGGUCAGGAAGACAUUCUCAUUGCUGUGUCCAAAACAUUUGGGUCCAAGAUAUUUGUUGAUAAAGUUGCUAAUCCAGAAUAUUUUCAGUCUUUGAUGUUUAUAGCUCCUGGAAUCCUCUCUGAAGAUCCAUCUUCCCGUUUUCAACUGUUUGAGGGAUUCCCUAAACUCUAUGAAAGGGCAGCUAAAAAGCUUGCUGAGGCCAGAUCUAAUUUUCAGCCUGAACCCCUCAUAAUCCGCCCUUCUUCACAGUGGUAUGCAUGUGAUGAGAAGUAUUCUGAAAGUGGGACUCAGAGAAAAUUACAUUUUCAUGAAGCAGCGAGGGAUGAGUUUGGUGUUUGGCAUGUCUGUUAUUCAAUUCACUCAUCCAGGGAAGAAUUAGAAUGGGCUUUGCAACUUCUCAUGCCUAAAAGAGUUGUCUCUACUACUACCAGUUGCAGGGCUAUGGAGUUGGAUUAUGCGAGGAAAAACUGUUUUGGUGCUCGAAUUACUUCAGAUGACACUCUUUGGAAGCUUCUAGACAUUGAUGUCAAACCUUCACAAGGAGUUGAUGUAUUGGGCAAAGAUAUGGGUUGUGAUUUCAUAGCUAAAGGGCCUGCGGUAACUUCUGAAACUCAAAUGCAAGCAGUAAUAGCAUCUUCUAGCACAAAAGAGCUGUUGACAUGGUCUCCCCCAAGCAAAAGGCUGUGCUUGACGCUCUUUGGUAGGGCAAGAAUAGGUAUCGAAGACCCUAAUUGUGCUCAUGGAGAGAAGAAAACCAUAUCGGUAAAGGAGGGAUCUCCACAAAAUGUUUCCAGUACAUCAGAAGAACUGUUAAUCCUGGAGACAAAUGCUGAAGUACGGGAGAAGAGUAAAUUGGGGGACAAUAUGAAGAUAAAUGUGACUGCAGCACAAUGCAGGGGGGCGGUGGAAAAGGAAGUUUCUGAGGGUUGUACUCCUUUUGGUAUUGGCUAUUCAAAGGGCUUUGGUGAAAACUUGAGAAAGCUUUAUAGGUCUAUGAAUGUGCCUGUACCACGACCUCUUCCCUCCUUGGUGGAACUUAUGAAUUCCUCUAAACGAAGCAGGAGGAAAUUUGAAUUCUAGACUGUCUUUAAUAGAUGAUUUUAACAGUGGUUUAUGCGAGGGCUGAGCAAAGCUGCAGCAGUCCUUAGGAGUUUGAUUUGUUCAUUAUUAUAUUCUUCUCAACUUUGCUUGAAUGACUCAAAGCCAGCUGUCCGACAUACAAGAUUUUUUUUAAUUUUUUUUCCUUACAAAUGUUACUCAUUGCUGUACAUUUUAUUCUUGCUCUAGGAAUAAAGAGCAGAUUGUGUAUUGAGGCUACAGUCAUUCAAUUUAGUCCUUAGAAACAUAUGGCUAGUCGAUGUAAUAACGUAACUCUUGUACAUUAGUUUUCAAAUAAAAGAUUCAUUUUUU